AUGGAUCAACAACAGCACCAGCCGCAGCAAGACAGGGCUCAGGGGCCGCCGACGAGCGGUGUCCAUGGUCCUGCUGGCCGUCGGCUUCACAUUGCCCAUCGCAGAAGCCCUUCGGAGCUCACGCCGCUGGUGAGCAUGUUCCAGAACCCUGGGAUGGAACAUAUCGCCAUCCAGCAGCAGAUCGAGCUCCUGCAACAGCAGCAGCAACAGAUCCAGGCUACCCAGCAGCAAUACAUGAACAUGGGGAUGAUCCCUCCCACCCAACAGCUUGGCCCCGGCGGUGCUUUCAAUCCUUUGCAGCCAGCCAUGCAGGCAUUCCAGUUCCCACAACAAAUCCCCCAGCAGAACGUCUCCAUGGCCCAGCCUUCUCAGCCCAUGUCACAUCGCCGUAACCAGUCUGCCCUCCCGAAUAUGGGCAUGGGUCCUCCCCCGGCCCCCUCUUCGGGUGCGUCCGGCUCGGCCUACCUCGACCCGCAGGGUAUCCAGGGCCGAGACAACGCCGGCGGUCGCGGCGGCCGUGGCGGUGGCUCCGGCGGCGGUCAUCAAAGACGGCACUCGUUAGCGCUUGCAGACGCUAAGAAGGCUGCAGACCUCGCUCAACAGAAGCGCACAACCUCGGGCUUCCAGUUUCCUGGUCCCAACGCCACCCCCGAAAACGGCGCCGAAGCUGCCAGCAGCUCGGCUCAGCUCGAGCAACAGGUAUCUCAUGGACCGCCCUCUGGCAUUGGCCGUGGCCGUGGAAGCGGACAUGGCCGGAGCCAGAGCAUGGCCGUUGGCGCUAGCGGAGGUGCCCGCGGUCGCGGCGGUGCCCUCGGCUUGAAUUCCGACUCGACCGGGCAUUCCAACGAUUUCCCACGUCGCGGGUCCAUGGGUCACGCCAGGACUGGUUCCCGCAACUUCGAGGGAAAUUGGCGCAAUCAGAACCAAAACCAAGGCCAAGACCAGGCCGGAAACCAAGGCCAACAAGCCUUCCAGCCGGGCCAUCGCGCUCGUGGCUCUAUGAACCAGUCCAUUUCUGGCUUCCAGUUCCCCAACCAGGGCCAGCUCAUGCAGAUUCCGGGACAAAUGAUGCCUUUCCAAAUGUACCCAGGACAGCCCCUCAACCCUCUGCAGCUCGGCCAGCUGCAGGCUCUCCAGGCUGCGCAGAUGAACGGUCAGCAGUUUGUUGGCCUGCAAGGAAGUCAGCAUGCGCCCCAGCUUGGCGGCCAUCCGCAAUCGCAACAGCAGCAGCAGCGGAAGACCCUUUUUACUCCUUACCUGCCGCAGGCGACCCUGCCGGCUCUCCUUGGCGACGGCCAACUCGUAUCUGGCAUCCUCCGCGUGAAUAAGAAAAAUCGCAGCGAUGCCUACGUCUCCACGCAGCACGGUCUGCUUGACGCCGAUAUCUUCAUUUGCGGUAGCAAGGAUCGCAACCGUGCUCUUGAGGGUGAUCUCGUAGCCGUCGAGUUGCUCGACGUCGACGAGGUCUGGUCGCAAAAGCGGGAGAAGGAAGAAAAGAAGAAACGUAAAGACAUCACCGACACCAGAUCCGGUUCGACCAACGGACAGAAUCCGUCGUCCACCAACCCCGAUGACGGCAACCCGGCGGAAGGAGGCCUCCGCCGCCGAGGCAGUCUCCGCCAGCGCCCUACCCAGAAGAAGAACGAUGACGUUGAGGUGGAGGGACAGAGCCUCUUGCUUGUUGAGGAGGAAGAGAUCAGCGACGAGCACAAGCCCCUAUAUGCCGGUCACAUUGUUGCCGUCGUGGAACGUGUUCCCGGUCAGAUGUUCUCCGGCACUCUCGGCCUGCUCCGCCCAAGCAGCCAGGCCACCAAGGAGAAGCAGGAAGCCGAGAGGGCCGCCCGCGAUGGUGGCCCUGGCCGGCAAGCCGACAACCGAUCACAUGAAAAGCCCAAGAUUGUCUGGUUCAAGCCUACGGACAAGCGCGUGCCGCUCAUCGCCAUCCCCACCGAGCAGGCGCCCAGGGACUUCGUGGAGAAGCAUCAGCAGUAUGCGGACAGGAUCUUUGUUGCCUGCAUCAAGCGCUGGCCGAUCACCUCUCUGCAUCCCUUUGGCACUCUCGUGGAGCAGCUUGGUCGCAUGGGAGAGAUCAAAGUUGAGACAGAUGCUCUCCUGCGCGACAACAACUUUGGGUCUGACGAAUUUUCCGAUGCCGUUUUGCGCAGCGUCAACCUACAAGACUGGUCUCUCGCCAAGGAAGAUGAGACAGCUCUCGCUGCUCGCCGCGACUUCCGCGACGAAAAGGUGAUCACUCUCGAUCUCGACGGGGCUGGCGAACUCGGAAACGCCUUCCACGUCAAGACGCAGCUGGACGGUAAGAUCGAUAUCGCUAUCCACGUUCCUGACAUCACCCACUUUGUGAAGGCCAACUCCCUGGUCGACCGAGAAGCCAAGAAGCGCGGUACAGCCGUCCACUUGGUCGACCGGACAUGUGCCAUGCUUCCUCCCAAGAUUGGCGCGGAGGUAUGCGCCUUGCUUCCCGACCAGGAACGUCUGGCUGUCACCGUCCUGUUCCGCGUCAACCCUAUCAACGGCAGUGUCGCCGAGGGCGACGCUUGGGUUGGCAAGAGCAUCAUCAAGAGCUCUGGAAAGAUCACACUGCAGGAGCUUGAUGACGCCCUCGGCGGCCAGUCUGAGUGGAAGCACCCGGCCAUGCAGCUCAAUGACGUGCAAAUUCUGAACGCCGUUGCGGAGAAGUUUAGAGAGGACCGGCUGGGCGCCGGCGGCGAGCCCAUUGCGCCUCUGAGGCUGCUCCAGCAGCUCGACGACGAGAACAUCCCCAUCAAGCUUAACGUUUUUGACUCUUCCCCGGCGACCGAGCUGGUGGAGGAGCUCAUGCACAAGGCCAAUAUCCACAUCGCGCAGCUCAUUGCCAAGGGUCUCCCCGAGAAAGCGCUGUUGCGUCGGCAGGGCCCGCCCAACGCCCGGCGGCUGCAGACCAUCUCGGAACGCAUGAACGCGCUCGGGUACGAGGUCGAUACGUCUUCCAGCAGCGCGCUGCAGAACAGUCUCUUUAAGGUCGACGACGCGGAUAUUCGCAAGGGCAUGGAGACGCUUGUGCUCAAGUCUAUGCAGCGCGCCAAGUAUUUCAUCGCGGGUAAGACGGCACAGCAUCUUUGGCCGCAUUACGUGUUGAACGCGCCGCUCUACACCCACUUCACCUGUCCCACUCGACGCUACGCGGACAUUAUUGUACACCGGCAGCUUGAGGCAGUCCUCUCGGAGGGUACGAUGGAGUACAGCGAGGACGUCGAGAGCCUAGUUAAGACGACGGAAUCGUGCAACACGAAGAAGGACUCGGCGCAGAAUGCACAAGAGCAGAGCAUCCACGUCGACUCCUGCCGCAAGAUGGACAAGAAGCGCCAGGAGGCGAACGGCGAUUUGGUCACGGAAGGCGUGGUGAUCUGCGUGUAUGAGUCGGCGUUUGAUGUCUUGAUCCCAGAAUGGGGCUUCGAGAAGCGGGUGCACUGCGAUCAGCUGCCUCUUAAGAAGGCUGAAUUCCGCAAGGAGAAGCGGGUCCUGGAGUUGUACUGGGAGAAGGGAGUGACCAGCUCGGCGUACGUGCCUGAGGACGAGCGGCCCAAGGCUGCGGCAUCGCAACGGAUGUCCAACGCCCGGGCGGCAGCGCGGCAGACGGAGGAAGCGGAGCGGGCUCGGAAGGAGCGCGAAGAGGCGGCACGGAAGCAGACGGAGACGGGCACCAUCUCGACUGACGACGUGGACGCUCUGUUCGACGACGACGACGAUAAUAUCUCGGACGUGACGGAAGCCAUGGCGGGUGCGUCGCUGGCGGAGCGGCCGACGCAGAGCGUGCCGGGCUCGCCAACGCGGGCGUCCUCGGGGGCGAAACCGUUGCAGCGCACCCGGUCGGAUUCCAAGGUGCCGGUGGCGGAGGCGCCUGAGACUCGGCUGACAGACAAGGAGAAGUACCUGAAGCUGUUCAAGCUCCGGGAAGAGGGCGGCGACUACAUCCAGGACGUCACGGAGAUGACGAGGGUUCCGAUUAUUCUCAAGACGGACCUUAGCAAGAGCCCACCUUGCCUGACUAUCCGGUCUCUCAACCCUUACGCUCUAUAA